AUGCGCCGUCCUAAACGACUAGCAGUUGAUAUUGACUACCUUGAAGACUUGCAGCCCGAUGCCCAUCCACAACCUGCACCCAUUCACCGUCAUACUGACUACGCUACCCACUCCAGGGGAAUCAGCUCUCGACAAUCAUUCCUUACAAUUGACGAGCCGCCAGCGACUCAGACGACGGAGCCCACCUCACUGCCAAAUCCGCCACCUGACCAACAUCUUGUAUCCCAGGAUGACCACAGCCAGUUCGAACCUAUCGACUACAAUGACGACAUGCACCUGGCCGACCCUAUGCUUAAAGCGCGGAUGCGCAAGCGCACCGCACAGGAUAAUCCCAUGCUGGUUUGGAUGGACGAGCGGGAUGAAUUCGUCCAAGAGUUCCUUAGGCUAGAGGCUCCCGAAUUUGAGUGGGCCGAAUGUGCUUCGCCUGAUUGCCCCAACCCGCCACUAUACCGGUGCCCCCAAUGUUCAGACGUUCGCUUGUUCUGUCAUUCGUGUAUUGUACGGAUGCAUCUUCCCAGCCCUUUUCACACAGUUGAGAUAUGGAACUCCCGCUUUUUCGAACGCCGUACUCUGCGAUCUCUGGGCCUUUGUAUUCAACUUGGACAUGCCAUAGGACAACAAUGUCCCAACCCAACACCCCUUGGAAAGGAAGGGUUCACCGUUAUCUCUUCGCAUGGCAUUGUCGUUGUCAACAUGGUCUUCUGCAACUGUAGCAAUAAUCUCUCAAAGCCCGUUCAGCUUCUCCGUGCACGUUUAUUUCCAGCUACCACCAUCAGUCCUCACACUGCAGCGACAUUUGAAGUGCUGCGGCUAUUCCAACUACUUACCUUUGGCUCGAAAGUAUCCGGGUUUGAAUUCUACCAAUGCCUUGUGCGACUCACGGAUAACCUUGGCAAUGUGGUUGCGGACCGCUAUAAUAUAUUUAUGCGCAUCGUUCGCCAAUGGCGUCAUAUCCGAACAAUGAAACGCUUUGGCCGCGGCCAUGAUCCGAGUGGCAUCGAAGGCACGAGCGAAGGCGAAUGUGCGGUCCUAUGCCCAGCCUGCCCUCAUCCUGGAAAAAACCUCCCGAGCGACUACAGCAGUGUUCCUGCACAAAAAAGGUGGAUCUACUCACUAUUUUUGGCUAUCGACGCCAACUUUAGGCUCAAACGCUUGUCAGCUUCCAGCGAUAUCCGGGAUCCUGGCCUUAGCCGCGGCUUUGCUUACUUCGUCGAGGAAAAGAAGUACAAGGAAUUCCUUUCAGCGUACACGGACCUGGUUGUCCCGGAGGCCAGUACAUGUAGUGACUACGAUGCUGUCAAGUUGGCGAGCAUCCGAGGUGGGAAAGGUGUCUCGGCAAGUGGCGUGGGGACAAUAGAGUGUGCCCGCCAUGACAUGAAACGUCCACUAUCUGUAGGCGACUUGCAACUGGGAGAAAAAUAUGUCAAUAUGGAUUACCUGUACUUCUCAAGUAUCCGAAAUCACUCGCCAUCAUCCUGUUUUGUCUCUUAUGACAUCGCUUGUCAAUGGACACGCAAGUUAGGUAACCGUGUGGCAGUCUACCCAGACAACGUCGUUGGUCCAUGCUUCGCCGAACUCAGCAUCAGCUACCUCGUGCCUAAAUUUCAUAUCUACGCCCACCGUAGUGAAUGUCAAUACAAGUACUCAUUUAACUUCACACCUAAUGUCGGUCGAACGGAUGGAGAAUUGCCUGAGCGUGGCUGGGCCGCAAUGAAUCCUGUAUCUAGUAGCACAAAGGAAAUGGGCCCAGGGUCACGGCGUGAUACUCUCGACGACCAUUUCGGCGAUUACAAUUGGCGGAAAGUUAUUUCCCUAAGUACAUCACUUCUUCGCAGGCUCCAAGAAGCUGUCCAAAUGCGUGCCGAACACGUUAGCGCUUUCAAGGCGUUCAGUGAUUCCCUACCUACCAACGCCACACUCGCAUUCUCCCGCAUGGUAUGGGACUUCGAAUCCAGGCGAUCGACAGUCAAUCCAUAUGAGCCAAAAUUAGCUAUUGAAUCACAGGCAAAAGUUCGCUUGAAGCUCGCAGAGGAAGAUGCUGCUGCCAUUGCUCAAGAUGACAAUAUGACAAUCCACGAGACUGUCUCCCCGAGCGUGUUGAUAUCGCAAGGGCUCGAGCUACAGGAUCAGCAAGUCCGCCUAUCGAUAGACGCCAAGUCUCUGGGGCCACAUUCCACUGAACUUCAGAAGUCUCAGCUUGUUGAACGCCGAACUCGUCUCCAGCGGCGCAUAGUAGCAUGGUGUCGAAUACAGGAACUCUACAUGCCUUGUGUUGUCCCUCUACGUAACAGAGCCGAAGAAGCCGCGGGAGGAAGCUCAAACGCUGAACAUAUCAAGCUUUUCCUUCCUUCGGACGUGAUCAGAUCAGCACGCUUCGACUACCAGCUAGCGAGGUAUGAAUGGCGUCUCCGCCAUGGUCAAGCAUUUGACGAUCUGGCUGAGCUUCGCCGCCACCUCCUUGUCCUGAGUACCAUGUACCAGUCCAAGGACAGCUAUGUUCGCGGUCAAAAGAACAAUACACGAAGUGUCACCCUAAUUAAGAAUGUUCAAGGCCGCAUCAAUUACGUUGCUCAAAAAUACCGAACCUGUCGGUCGGCGCUUACCCUACUCAGCGGUCCUUUGGAAGAGAACGGAUGGGAGCGCUCGUUGCAGCCACUAUUGGAUACAGACAUCCGUAGUCUCAGAGAAGGAGAGGACGCUUCCAGCUCCGAAGGGCGGCGGCAGUUGUCAUGGAUAUGGUCGACUCAACGAACAAGUGACGCGGAAAUCACUGAGGGCAUGAACGAGGCCCCACACAAGCUGACAGACUCAGCCCUACGAAUCGAGUGGUGCAAAGCAAGAGCCCGGGCACAGCGAUGGCAGGAGGAAUGUAUCCUCUUGCAAGAAGAGAUGCGGCGAGUGAUUGCGUUUCACGAAUAUUACGGUGACCUUUGGAAGACUCGUGCCGAGAUGGUCACAGCCAAAGGCACUCAAGCAUACGCAUGGCGGCAGCGGCAGACCAGACUUACUUUGAUAGCACACUGCAAGCGCACUUGGACCGGAGUCGAGGCCUUCGUACGGGCAGGGGAGGGUGAAGUGUCGGCUGGGGAAUCUUUGGUAGAGACUCAUACACGUGCCACUUAA